CCAAUAACCUUUUUUACUUUAACAAGAACUUUCGCAGAGAUGCAAAUGUUAAACAAAAUAAUUUUAAACAUAUUUUUAAACUUAUUAUUUAUAGAGCUAAUGGUGAAAGCAGCCGAAAAUGAUGAUGAAGAUACAACGGACCAGACUGAAGAAGAGUGGCAUAUGGAUUUUAUGCCGACUGGAUAUCUACCAGACAGCGUGUAUAGGGAACUUGCUUGGUACGGUAUACUCCAGAUUCAACCAUUACAUCAUAGCACGAAACAUAAAGUUGCCGCCCAGCUUAUAUGGCAGCACACUCUUGGCAGGCCACAUGUAAUAAUGGAAAGUCCUCCUCAGUCGACUCAAUCAGAAGGUAAAAUAAGUAGACAGAUUCUAGCUGAAGAAGCAGCGAAGUGGUCAAGGGAGCAACGCGCAGCGCAAGAAGUGCUAAUGGAAAAUAUUAAGAGCGGUGGAAAUGGACUCACUGUUAGGACUGUUGUAACAACUCAUUAUAAAACAACUUAUAUCAUCCAGAAUGGUAACUAUUUCGAAUGCCCCGAAGGUUCAGAACCAGACCUGGACGCUUAUCGUGUUCAAGCAAAUAUGCACGAACGGAAAUGUACAUAUGGGCAGAAUUCUAUACCUUUAUCAGUUGAUCCUUGCAUUGAAGCUGAAGUUGCGCCAAUAGAAUACUCGUUCCAUGAAGGUUGGAUGUUCUGCCUUGGAAAUGGGGAACGUGAAAAUAAUUACUUCCAAAAUGGAACUUUAGACUGUGGUAAUAAAACAAAGAUAUCAGUAAGCGAGUUUUUAGAGAAGUGUGCGAUAGACAACAAUAUCGUUAUCAGUUUUGAUUACUUUGGUGAUGAGCCUAGAAAGGAUAUGAUGCACAACGCUACACUUUGCACCACUUGGGACCCGUGUAAAUUAUCCUAUUUGUACCGAUUAGAGCCACCACCAGCUGAAUUAAGUCCAGCUUUCCCGACUGAAACGCAAAAUCCUUGUGAUACUACCGUGUGUCCCGAAUGUAUUGUUGGUUACACAGGCAAUGAAGGUGUACCGAUUGAAUUGGGUGAUUGAAUAAAAUCGUCGAAAAAUAAGCAUUGCCAAGACUCAAUAAAAUGUUACCAUAAAACA